AUGUCACUUACUUCCGUUGCCACCGCUCUCGUCGUUGUUCUCGCGUGUUCCAUCACGGCAGGACUUCCCGGUGCGGUGGCGUCGGGGGACACCGUCUCGGCGCGGCGGCCGCUGCGGGGCAUCGACACGGUGGUCUCGGCGCAGGGCAAGUUCGAGCUCGGACUCUUCAGCCCCGGCGGCUCCGGCCGGUUCUACCUCGGCAUCUGGUACAAGAACGUGCCCGUGCAGACCGUCAUCUGGGUCGGCAAUCGUGUCAAUCCCCUGUCCGGUUCCGGUGUUGCCUCCACCGAGCUCCGGGUGUCCUCCGACGGGAACCUCGAGCUCGUCGGGCUCAGCCCAUCCUCUGCCACGCCAGGCGUCCUGUGGUCGUCGAACCUGUCGUCGUCUUCGUCGGUGUCGUCCUCGCCGGGGUCGAACGUUGCUGUGAUGCGUGACAACGGCAACCUGGUCCUCCUCGACGGCGGCAACUCCUCCAACGUGCUGUGGCAGAGCUUCGACCACCCGACGGACACACUGGUGCCCGAGGCGUGGCUCGGCGAGGACAAGCUCACCGGCGAGUACCAGACGCUGACGUCGUGGCGCAACGCCGAGGACCCCGCGCCGGGGAUGUUCACGAACACGGUGGACCGCAACGGCAGCAGCGACGGCGUCUGGACGGGGCGCGUGUUCGCCAACCUGCCGGAGGCCGUCAACAACGUGCUCUUCAACCAGACGUACGUCGAGACGCCGGCGUACCGGCGCGUCACCAGCGUGCUCUACGACAACGCGACCGUCACGCGCAUGGUGCUGGACCUCACCGGCCAGACGAAGCAGUUCAUCUGGGUCCCCGGCAGCCAGAGCUGGCAGUUCUUCUGGGCCGCGCCCACCGUCCAGUGCGACGUCUACGCGCUCUGCGGCGCCUUCGGCGUCUGCAACCAGAGGAGCCAGCCGCCGUGCCAAUGCCCGCCCGGGUUCGCUCCGGCGGCGGACCGGGACUGGGGCCUCAGCGACUGGAGCGCCGGGUGCCACCGGAGCCUGCCGCUGCAGUGCGGGGGCAACGGGUCAACGGACGCCUUCCUGGAGCUGCCGGGCAUGAAGCUCCCUGACGAUUCGCUCUCCGUGGCGGGCGCCCAGAGCAAAGCAGAGUGCGAGUUGGCUUGUCUAAACAACUGCUCCUGCCAGGCCUACACGUUCUCUGGCGGUGGCUGCGCCGUCUGGCACGACGGAAUCCGCAACCUUCAGCAACUGUUUCCAGAUGCCGGGGGCGGGGGUUCGUCGUCGUCGAGCCUGUACCUCCGGCUGUCGGAAUCUGAAUUGCAGCAGCGUAUGCGCGGCGCCAAGGGGAAGAACAGGCGGAGGCUGUGGCUCGCCCUUGGCAUCGUUUUGGCUUGCAUUGCCGCACUGGUCGUGGCGGCAGUAGCAGCGUGGAUCCUUGUGUCCAGGAGGAGACGACGGGCUGAAAUGGCGAAUCAGAAGAGCUCUUCCCUUGCAGUGGACGGCGGCGACCGAGAGUCUACGUUCUUCCCGGUCUGGGCAGCGGUCAGAGUGGCGGAAGGGGACACGGCCGCCGUGGCGGACGCACGGCUGCGCGGCGACGUGAGCGAGGACGAGCUGGAGCGCGCCUGCCGGGUGGCGUGCUGGUGCAUCCAGGACCAGGAGGCACACCGGCCGGCCAUGGCGCAGGUCGUGCAGGCGCUGGAGGGCGUCGUCGACGUCGACAUGCCGCCGGUGCCGCGGGCGCUGCAGCACCUCGCGACGCUGACAUAA